AUGCGGGAUGCGCAGCUGCAGCCCGGCGUCAUCAGCUACAACGCUGCGACCAGUGCUUGCAAGAAGGGCGAACAGUGGCAGCUUGCGUUGGUGCUGCUCACCGAGAUUUGGAAGGCGAAGCUGGAGCCCAACGUCAUCAGCUACAGUGCUGGGAUAAGUGCGUGCGAGAAGGGCGAGCAGUGGCAGCGGGCUUUGGCACUUCUCAGCGAGAUGCGGGAUGCGAGUAUGGAGCCGGACGUCAUCAGCUACAUCUCUGCGACCAGUGCUUGCAAGAAGUGCGAACAGUGGCAGCGGGCUUUGGCGCUGUUUCUCGAGAUGCGGCAGGCGAAACUGGAGCCCGACGUCAUCAGCUACACCGCUGGGAUCAGCGCGUGUGAAAUGGGCGAGCAGUGGCAGCGCGCGCUGGCGCUGCUCAGCGAGAUGCGGGAAGCAAUGCUGGAGACCGACUCAGCUACAGCGCUGGGAUAA